UCAGUUCAAGCAGAGGUCGAUUUUCUAUUUGUAUAGCUCGAAAUUGUUCUUUUCAAAAUUGUAGGAGUUGUGCGCCACCAAACAAAGAGCACACAAGCAACAAACAUAAUUGAUAAUAUAAGAGAUUAUAUUAGCAUAUUUAUAUAUAAAAUAUAUUUAUAUAUUUAUAUAUAUAUAUACAAAAUAUAUAUAUAUAUAUAUAAUACAUAAUCCAAAUCUCAGUGGAUACGCAAAAAGCGAAGGAACGGAAGGAGUAAGAAACAUUUGCGCACUUCAGGAUUAUGUUGCUUAAGGAUCAGCCAUCGUUUAAGGAAGUGGCCAAGGUAUUCAUAGUUGGCCUGGCACUGCGCUCCUAUGUAGCCGAUGGCGAUGGACAGCAACGUCGGACGUGCUUUGGGCACGAGCUGUCGCGUCGCAUUUGCAUGGCCGCCAAUCGGCAGCGGGUCAACAAUCGCCAUCGCCUCCUCAAGUUCAUGUCCCCGGAGCGUCUCAAGGAUUAUGAUAUGAGGAAUAAGCAACGUGCCAUACAGCAGCAGAGGGAGCUUAGCCACAGGGCUCAGGAGUUUGCGGCCAAUACAAAUCUGAAUUCCAAGUUAUAAACGAGAUACCCAAACAAAAACCCAUACUCCAAGUUUUUCCAUCAUUACGGUAGUGAGCGGAGGGGCGGGUUAUCAGUUAUCAAGGGCUCGGGGCAUUGCAAUUAAGUAAAUCAUACUAUGGAGUUGUAAAUUGCAACAUCCUCAAGCUGCAAGCUGGGGAUCUGCCCAAGCAAAUCUUCCUCCUGCUCGCCUCAUGGAACACAGCCGACGCAGCCAGUGUUGGCACUUUGACUUUUUGCUUGUGGUAUCUAGCUAUUUAUACUGAUUGUGAGAAAAUCGUUAAAAAAAAGAAAAG